UCGAUAUCAUUACAGACAAUAAUCGAUGGGCAAUACCCUGAAGAAAAUUACUCCUGGUGGAGGAACUGAUGAGAAGAAAACUAACGAUCUUAAUAGCAUAAUAAACGAAUCAUACGAGAAGCAUUUCGGAGCUCCAGACAGUCCAAAGUCAGUUAAUGAAGCUGAUUUCUACAGAGCUGUAUGUGAAAUCGUCGAAGAAAUGAACAAGCGGCGUAACAACACACAAUUUUGCGUACCAAGUGAGGAGAUACUCAGCAAGGCAUUCAAUGAAAACCACAUAAAGAAAGAUAGAAAAUUGACGCAGGAAGAGUUCGGAAAAAUUCUGCAACAAGUGAUAAAGGAAACCGGGUUUAGUGGUGUUGGAGCCAAGGACACACUGAUUUACAUCUUCGGGGUUCCCUUAACUGCACUCUUUAUCAAGCAAGCAGUAAUGCCUCAUGCAAUUAAGAAUGACUACUUCAUUCCGGGAAUCACUUCCGCAACUGUCUUUGUGCUUGCCAAACUUAACAAGAUUUGAUUACAGAUUUGCGAUGAAUAUAUGUACCGUAAAUGAUCAACUUACUACUAAUUAAUUGUUGGAUGAAGUCGUAUCAAUAAAUAUUAUACAUGAUUUAC